CUCUGUUGCUCCCACGCUCAAAUAUGCAUCCAGCCCCCGACCCUUUCCCAUCCUCAGUAGGAUCCCUUACGUCUCCGUUGCGUCACCCCGCUCCCUUCGCUGGCGUCGAUCGACAUGGCCUCUUCGCCCGAUCUGAGCCAAGUCCUGGAGCGUCUGGGUCUCGCCUCUUACUUCGACGCCCUCACCGAUCACGGUUUCCACGAUUGGGAGACCGUCCUCGACAUCACCGAAGACGACCUCGCCAGCCUGGGCUUCAAGCUGGGCCAUAGACGCAUCCUCCAGCGAGAGAUUGCUACCUUCCGAGGCCUUCCGCCUACCGAGUCCUUGGAGCCCAGCAACCCUGCUCUUGACCCCUCUGCCACGUCUCCCUCUGCAUCCACCCCGACCCCUCAGACUUCCCCACCUCCGAGAGAAAAGAGGAGGUAUAGACGCCAUCCUCGCCCAGAUCCCAAUGCCCCAAAGAAGCCGAAAACAGCAUACGUCAACUUCGCCGAUGCACUACGAACGCAUCCCGAGUUCAGCACUCUGUCGUUUGUCGACAUUGCCAAAGAGGUAGGCAGAAGAUGGCAGGUCCUGCCCCCGGAGCAGAAGCGUGUCUGGGAGAGCCACGCUGCACGUGCCAUGCAGGAGUAUGAACUCCUCAUGGACGAGUACAAGAAGACAGACUCCUGGCGUGCCUAUCAAGCCUACCUGAGCGACUUCAAGGCGCAGCAGAUCCAAGCCGCAAAGGCGAAGCGCCCCAGUGCCCACCGCAUCGACUCCUUCGUUCGUGGGGCUUCAUCACGUGCAAGCCCAGCGUCAUCGGAGAGCCCAGCUCCCCUUCCCCCUUCCAAUGCACCAUCCGUGACCGAGGCAGAGUCGUGUCACAAUGCCCUCACGCUGGCCUUUAGCGAGCUGGUCUCUCUCAGGGGCGAAGUGCUUGUCCAUGGAGCCAUCCCGUACGACAUGCACCAUCUUCCCCCGGAGCAGCUCACUCGCCGCGCAAUGCACGCUUUUGUCCAGGGAACGGGGUCGUUUCUCUACAUGUGGACCUAUGGUCAAGUGGAUGAGAUAUUGGAUCGCGUAUAUAGACCCGUUGUGCAGGUCGAUGCAAUGACACUGGCAGAAUGCUUCACAGUCGCUGCAAUGGGUGCUCACUACGAUGCCGAGUGCUUCUCAGACCAUGUCCGUCAAGUCCUCUACGCCAGCGCCACUCUGCAUUUCCACGAGAGGACCGCUAGCCUAGACUACCUACGCACCGCUCGCCUGCUGCUCUCCAUGUCUUUCUAUGCGCUGUUGGAGAAGCACAUGAGUGCGCGGUACCUGGUUGCUGCGGGCCUGCAGAUUGCCCGGUGGAAAUGCCCUCCUUCCCGGCCGGACAAUCACUCCAACCAAGACACGCCGUCAGACUCCUGGAGGAAGCUCUUCCAGAGUUUGAUCUUCAUGGAUUGCUGGCUCUCGUGCACUCUGGGCUACAUUCCCGCGUUCAGGUCCGAAGAUAUAGCUGCUGCAUGCACCACUUCCAAACUCGACCGGGCGACUAUCGAUGAGAUUGUGCACACGCAAACCAGCAAGAUCGGCCUCAUCUCGGCAGAAAUAGUGAAGACGUUGGCCUCGCCUGACCUAGCGACACGGGAGAAUAUCGAGACGCUCGCUGGGAAGCUCGAACACUGGCGCAAGGGUGUCCCACCGGCCCUACAAAUCGCCGCAUUAACGUCCACCACGACGCCUUCGACCUUGACGCUCUAUCAACGGCGCGCCAUCAUGAUGGUUCACAUCAUGUAUCUCGGCGCCCUCAUCCUCCUCUAUCGCCGUCCCCUAGUCGCCACCGCCGGAGUCCGCCUCGACGCCGAUACACACUGGGACAUGGAGUUCACGCCCGAGGACGCGAAACGCUACCGGAACGAGUGCGCAGUCGCGGGCCAACAAGUCGCACACAUCCUGCACCUCAUUUCCAUCGACGGUUCAACAUCCAGGCGAUGUUGGUUGCUUAUUUACUGGUCCUUCGCCGCGGCCAUUGUCCUCCUCUUCAGCGCCACGACCAAGCUCGUCGACGGGCUGCACACGAGCGCCGAACAGGAUCUCUCCUUUGCGCGGACCUGCCUCGACAUGCUGGAGCGGUCUCGCGAGGACGAAGCCAUCGCUCGGCGGUAUCUAGAUCUCCUGACUCCGCUGCAUCGGUCGUUGAGGGAGGUUCAUCAACGGGUCGUGGGGAAGGUGAAGACGAGUAUUUUCAGCCUGCUGCGUAGGGCGGACGAGGAGGAGGAGAAGGACAAGGAGAGUGGCAUGGGGGUGCGCGUGAAGAGGGAGGAGGUUAGCGGGCAUUUGGAGAAAUUGUGUGGGUUGCUGAUGGAUCCGUUUGGGAGGAAGUUUGUGAGUGAAGAGGGGAGGGAGGAGUGGGAGGGGAGGAAGGUGGUGGACAAGGAUGGCAAGGAGGAGCUUUUUUGGUGGAGGUGAGGGAGAGGAAAUUUGCAGGGCGCUAUGAUGAUGGGUUAUGAUGAGACGAUUUUCUUUUUUCCAAGCUAUAUUUUUCUUCUUCGG